AAUCUCGCCCUCAUUCAAUGCACACAUUAGAGCGGUUCAGUGUCAGUGUGUGUAAACGCUCCCGUCGGCAUUUGGACUGCGUUUUACUGGAUUAGCCACCUCGGCGUGCAUCCGUUUUGCUUUGCGGCUCCGCCCGGUGUCCGGUGCGGACUGACUGCUCAGAUCUGAGAGUUUUAUUGGAUUGACCGACAGCGGCGGGGGAGGACUGGCGUUACCCCCCAACACACAGGACAAAGAAAACGGGGGGAAAUUAAGGACAAAAGAUAAGAGUGGUUGAGGACAGGAAUGAAAAUGGAUAACUGCCUCCUCACGCUCGUGUUUGGUGUUUUAAUGCUCGGUGGGUGCUUGGCCCGGGUGGUGACAGUGUCUCCUGGUCCUUUAAUCCGGGUGGAGGGUCAGCCUGUCUCCAUCACAUGUGAUGUCAAGGACUACUCGGGACCUCCUGAGCAGGAUUUUGAGUGGAUGAUGUCCAGGGAGGCGACCGGGGCGCAGAAAAAGAUGAUUUCCACCUUUGACACCGGGUACCCCGACCCGUUGUUUAGCAAGCGUGUCGCAUCCGGCGACAUCGCGGUAGAGCGGCUCCAGGACGACGAGGUGGAGCUGAAGAUAGCGGAGGUGAAGUCGACUGAUGCUGGGUUCUACUGGUGUCAAACGCCGAGUACAGACUCCUCCUUCAGUGGCAACUACGAGGCUCAGGUCAAACUCACAGUCAUCCCCAACACCCUCAGGGUCUCCUCCCAGACCCCGCCCCCAGUUGUCCCAGAAGGUAGUGACAUGACACUCUCCUGCAACAUCACCCGGCAACUCACCCACCCCACCUACCUGUCUGUCACCUGGUCGGUGAAGAAGGGAACGACAUCGGAGGAAAUUUUGACAUUUGGCCCCCAGGGAGACGUGGUCACAGGGCUGAAGUACACCCGGCGCUACGCCGACGGAGGCAUUCGAUUGGUUCCUGGGAAGGAUGGAUUGUUUGAAUUGGUGAUUUCCAGAGUGACAUCGUCUGACGAAGGGAUUUAUGAAUGCAACGGGACGGAAUGGACGCAUGAAAAUGGCAAAUGGAUAAAAAUCGUGGAGAGCACAAAAGAGAUGGGCACUGUUGCUGUUACUCCUACAGGUCGGUCCCUCAGCGUGAAUGCUUCAUCCUCCUCCUCCCCCUCCUCCACGUCUCUCCUCCUCUCCCCCGGUAACACACUGAGCCUCCUCUGCUCCAUCGCCGCCGACAACCUGCCCGCCCUCGCCCUGGAAGUGACCUGGCUGGCUGACGGCCGCGAGAUCAUCACCAUGGAGCGCAGCGGGGUAGUGAUCUCAAACACCUCCUCGAGCAGCGCGCAAGGAAAGCGAGGGGAGGCAACCUUGGAGCGGACGGGAGCUGGAGAAUACAGGCUGGGGUUGACAGGGGUGAGUGGGGAGGACGGAGGGGCGUACACCUGCCGCAUCCGAGCCUUCAUCGAGAAAGGAGGAAGGAGGUGGCACAUGGCAGCCGAGAAAACGUCCAGCCCUUUGACUGUGAAGGUGUCGCAGAUCAAACCGAGCUUCAAGCUGACCAUUGAAGCUGUCCUGAGCCCCCAGAUGACUGCUGAACCCACAGAACUGGCAUGUCAUGUGAUUGACAUUACCCAUCUACCCCCUGGAGGCCGUCUGGGUGUCACGUGGGAGCACACUACACUACCUGGUAUAGGGGACGAUCCUCAGACCUCACAUCCCAUUGGCUCCCUGGACGGCAAUGGCAAUCUGUUGCCGGAAUCUAUGUAUUCUGACAGGCUGAAGAGCGGCCUGUUAUCUCUGACCAGAGUCCAGCCCAACACAUUCAAACUGCGAUUCCUCCGCACACAGGAGAUCGACAUGGGCCAGUACGUUUGCACUGUGUCUGCUUGGAGCAUUAACAGCCAGGGGGGCCUGGUGAAGACCGCUCAGAACCAGAGCUCGCCUCUGACUGUGCGGUGGGAUACCAAACGUCCCUCUCUAAACGUUGUGGCCAAGGUCACCCGUGAAGCCUCAGUGGGCGGGGCGACCUUUGAGAUGAGCUGCACUGUGACCACUCAUAACCUUGGGGAGGCGGGAUACUCAGUGCUCAUCCAAACACAGGACAACCUUCAGAGCAACGUGAAAACCAUCAUGACUCUCAGCCCGGACAACGUCCUGCAGCACGGAGGAGCCACAGACCCCAACAGGAGAGACAGUCUGGUUCUGACAAAGUCUGGUGCUACUGAGUUUCGGUUUCGCCUGGCUGGUGUCCAGUUGUCUGACAGAGGUUUCUACUGGUGCGACAUCACCGCCUGGACAAAACAGCUACCAGGACAGACUUGGACCAGAGCCACCAACGCAGAGUCUAACAAAGUCAAGAUCGACUUUCAAGAAAAUGGCCCGACCUUCUCCAUCACCAUCCACUCUGACGUCAGCAGUGUUUAUCCGUGGGAAACGGCCAAGAUGGAGUGUUCGCUCAGCGUCUCUGGAUCCUCACCAAAGACUGACGACCUGGCAUACGAGGUGCGUUGGUUUUUCACCAGGCUGCGUGGCGGAGCAACAACGAGCCAGGUGGCAAGCCUGGACCGCUUCGGCGUUGUGAGGAAAGACGCUCGUAACUCAUCCAGUGACAUUUCAAUAGAGCGCAAAGGCACACACACCUACAUGCUGAACAUUCAUGGCACUCAGGACAGUGACAGUGGUGAGUACCACUGUGUUGCCACUCCCUGGUACCUGUCUGCCUCAACAGGAGCUUGGACUCAGGCCGGGGAGCUGACGUCGACUCGAAUCUUCCUUACAGUCCGAUUUGCUGUGUGGGAGUCCCUACAGUUACCUCUCUUUUAUGGUCUAGCAGCCUCAAUAGGUGUGGGCCUCUUCUCUCUGGUCCUGGGUCUUGUUUGUGCCCAUUGCUGCUGCCGCAACACCGCACACACCCCACGCUCCCGCAACAAACUGAUGGACCUGGAGAUGGACUGACAAACACUUUCCCCCGCACCCACACACUGCAGCGCUCACAGAAAACACCACACACACAACAGACACACGCCCAUAGAUGAUUUCUGGGACACCCAGUUGUUUCCAGGCGACGGAUGUUGGGAGUAAAACGACACAUCGCUUUGGAAAGAGAAGCCUGGCUGAUCAAUCGCAGUGCUUUUAUGGGUGCUCAGGAUCUCAGAUUCAGCUCUGCAGUGGAGGAGCAGGGGACUUCUACAAGCACCAAUGGGGAAACAGCCUUUGAGACUUCAAUUUCUAUGAAGAUCCAUUGAAAUCUGUGGUGCUUCCAGUGAUUUUUUUUUUUUUUUUUACACAGAUACAGAUUUGCUCCCCAUUUAGACCUUAGCACUAUAAGAAACUCUGACGAAUCUGGAGUUUAAUUUUUGAGAACAGGCUUCUGAGACAUCACUGCCACUUUGUAAUAAAGGACCACAUAACAGAUCUGCUGCCUCUGUAACCACUGGGGAUAACAAAUGAAGCGCUCAGGCUGGGCUACACGCUUUUCCCCCCUUCUUCUGAUGCCAAGGCUUCCUGCAAAGUACAACCACUUCCUGAUGGCAAUUGAGUCUCUCAGAGUAACGACACACCAGCCUACCCCGUUGAAAUUUUCUUUUUUGAGGAAGCACAGAAAAAUCAAGGGGUGGUUGGAGAUCGAGAGACAGAAUUGUUGUCAUUUAUGUAUCUGUGCCUCAACAUAUCCAUGUUAAGUCACACGGCUAAAGUUAUUUUGUAUUUGCAAGGACUGGCGGUUUAGGCAGCCUGAGCCUUACUUCUGUCAAGGAGGAUGUCAUGGAGUAAAUGUCACGUUCAUACGGGCAGCAGAAGUCCCAGAAAAUGAAAGUGCUUCAGUGCUUUCCACAUGAAAGGUAUUGCACUAGAACUACCACCCCAGAGUGUUCCUACCUUAACAAGAGGACAAUAUUUACCUUUAUUCUCAACUCUAGUUUUAUGAAAAUUGAGAGAUUUUAAAAUGCUUAAAAUGCAUUUUUAAGCUUUACAAGGAGAUAUGCAUUUAGUGUGUUUGUGUGUGAGAUAUACUGUACAUGGUGCCAAUAUUUGAACUAAUGGAGGUGUGCUUGGUUCAUAUUGCCAGAUCAACACUUGAACAACCACUAAAAGUGGUGACAGCAUACACUCUUUUUAUAAAUAUUCAGAAAUGUAUCCAGCUGUUUCUUUGCCCCCGGGUCUUGUGUGUGUUAGUGUGUGACUACUGUGCUACAGUAUGUGAGACAAAGAAUUGCAUGUACUGUUUUGUAAUGACAGACUGAUGUCAUUCAUAAGCAACACAAGCCUUUUCCAUGGUUACUUUUUAAUGACUCUUAAAUCCAGAUUUUUAAAGCCACCUAUCACUCCAGUAAAUCUAGACUCUAAUGUGUUGACACUGUGACACAAGUUCUGAACAGGAAAACCAUGCAUAUUUCUCAGUUUCAGUUUUGUUUUUUAAAAGGAAUUAUGAAACAUUUUUGGGGAAAUACGUGUAUUCACUUUCUUUCCAAGAGGUAGACAAUAAGAUCAAUAUUAAUCUCACAUCUGUGCAUUAAGCAUGGAGCUAGAGUCAGGAAGUGGUUAGCCUAGCGUGUGUGUAGAGAGAGAGAGAGAGAGAGAGAUCUUAUAGUUAUCCUAUUUUAAAUACAUAAUACAACAUAAAUGAGACACUUUGAAAUUGUUUGCAGGCAUGUUAUGUCACCUUUGGUUUAGCUAGGCUUGCAGUCUCCACUGUUUCCAGUUUUAAGCUAGGCUAAAAGAUUCCCAGACCAAUUAUUGCUGGCAAAUAAGGAUUCUUUAUUUCUCAAUUUGUCAAACUGUUCCUUAAACAUUGCUAACUGGCAAGAAAAGUUGCCAUAAAACUGUCAUUAAAGUUGUUUCAGAGAUUUCAACUGGCAGAUACAGCCCUUUUCCAAAUCAUUUCAAGAUGUUUCAUCUUUACUCUUUCACAGCAAAGUUGUAGGAAACUGUUUACUUUCACCUAACAGCCAAAACUGAAAAUCAGAUCUGUAGAGCAAGAGGUAAGAAACAUCUGCUAUUUCCAGCAGAUUCAGAAGGUCAGCUAUUGAGUCUGUUUUAUAGCAAAUUAAUGAAUUUUUGCAUCAUGUUGACUUGUGUGAACGCGCAAUCGCAGUUUCAGCAACGACAACACACAAAGAGAGGAAGUUGAAUGGCUUUUAAAGGUGUUUUUAGUAACUAUCAGAACUUUACGAGCAAUAUCAGGCUGUAGUCAGGUCACAGCUCAUGUAAAUCUGGAAUCAUCACACAGUUUUCACUGUUUUCAGAGCUAACACACAAAGUUAAGAUUAGUUUAAAACAGGAUGGUUGUUUCUUGAUUGGAUGUUAUUCAAAUAAUUCAUCUUUAACCCACUCAGCUUCGACGGUGCAGAAUUUUUAACUAUUAUCCAAUCAGAACGCAAUGCCUAUAUUCAUAAAUAUCUCUCAUUGGUGAUAUUGAAUGGGUCUAUUUCAUAACUUCAUUAUUAUUAUUUCAUAACAACACCAUCAGCUACAGGAAACACCAAGACAACCCUAAAAUUAUAAUAUUUUUCUACUCAGUUGUUCAGAUGCGUUUAGAAUGGCAGCACUCGUCUGACACAAAGUUAAACCUUUUGAACCAGAUUUAGUCUGAAUGCAGUUAUCUGCAAGCUUCAUCCAGCAAACGAAAAAAACUAAGAAAUCUGACGUUCCAUCAGUGCUGCUAUUCUGUUUUAUUCACGAAGGGGUUCAGCUGAAAAUCCAUUUGAGAAAUAUUCAAUAUGUGUGUUUUGGCUCAAUUGAUGGUGACAGUUACUUCAGAAACUCCCAAUAAGUCUCCAUGUGUUUGUGGGUGUGUGCGCCUCUCCGUGAUGUUGCUGUUGCAGUAUUCAAAAUAGGUUACAAAAACAACACCACACAUUCACAGUACUUGAGCACACAGGUGAAUUAUAGGGCUCUGUGCCAUAUUGCUCUUAAUGGUAUACAACACACACGUAGCUUUGAUACACACAUUGAACAUGUCACUGCAAGGCCUCUCCAGUGUCCUUUUUUAUUUUGUCAUUUUAUUGCAAUGAGUAUGAUGAAUCAUUAUGUUUUUUAAUAAAUAGAUUUGUAAGGUGUGUUCAUUUGGUAAAUGAUUUUGUAUGUUCUGGGGGGGAUGAUGAUGAUUAUGAUGAUGAGUUGAAGUUUUUGAUAUUAUACCAACAAGCAAAAGCGAGUCUGUGCUGCUUUGUCUUGAAAAUGCUUUUCAGUUACUGCUCAAACAGGCUGACAGACUGUAGAAAAACAGUCCAAGAGCUGUCAUCAGUUUAUUUGACAAAAAUAAACAAAGAAAGUU